UUUUUUUUUUUAAAUUAGUACCUCCAAAAUGACAAAAGUAUAGGUUUCAGUACAUCCGUUACUAUUCUGUCUGAUUUGCCGUUUGUGGGCCCCAGCUACCAAACUUCCCUCCCUUUGUUCUUUCUCUCUCUUCGAUUCUCAUUCAAUUCCCUCCAUUUUACUCUCUUUGUCUCUCUUUGCCCUGUUCCUCCAUAAUCAAAUGCUCAACCACAUGCAAUAACUCCAUUGCCCAAAUUCAACCACGUUUUCUUUCUCUCUCCACUGUCAAUUGCUAGGUUGUAAUUUUUUUUUUUUUUUUUGUUUUCAUUGUACCUCUGCAAUUGACUCAAAGGUGUCUUCUUUUGACUCAAAGCACACAUCAGCAAGCUUCUGGGAAAGGUCAAUCUUGGAGUCGUCAUCUCCAUUGAAAGAAGUGGGAGAUUCUUCUGACAACGAACAUGUAUGAUUUCCCCAACUUUUUGUACUGUCCAUUAAUGGUUUGUUGCGCAAUUUUGAUGAAAUUUGUGGGUAUUUUUGGAAAAAAUUAAUUAAACCCUAGAUUACUGUGUUUGGAUUAAAGUAUCAAUUUAAUUGAAAUUGAUUUAUAAUUGAAUGUUACAAAUGCAUGUGUUAGGGUAUUUGUGUUGUUGCUUUAUGGUAAUUAGUGUAGGGUAAUGCAUGUUACAGUUGUUGUUAUUGUUGUUUGUGAUAUAGAAAAUUGGUUAAUUAGAUUGUUUAUUCCUUAAUUUGUAGAAUCUCAAAUGGAUGAGCUUGAUAACACUGUUGAGGAGGAGCAACACACUCUCAAAAAAGCUUGUACUUCAUUAGUUUUGAGGAGGAGCCCUAGGUGGCAACAGUCCAACCUAUUAACAGAAACUUGUAGUGCAGUUAGUGAGCCAUUAGUGAGGAGGAGUCCUAGGUUUUCCUCAGGAAGUGAAUUGAGGGUGGGAAAUGAUAAAGGGAAAGGGAAGCUGAGUGAAGUUGCUGGGUUGGGAAAGAGGAUAGCCAAAUCAGAGGGGAAAGGGAAGGGUAAGGCACAAAGGAAGCUGUUCAUUGAUGAUGAGGAGAGUGAUUCAGGUUCUUCUAGUGAGGACUUAAGUGACAUAGACAUAGAUUGGAAUCCAGGUGAGGAGGAAGAGGGUUAUUCUGAAGAUGAGGGAUUGGGUGAGAGCACUGCUAACAUCCUAGGUGAGGUGGAAAAGAGUUUGGCAUUGGUUCAUCCUGGGUGUUCAGGGCAGGGGAGUAAGCAGAAGUUGGAUCAACUGGUGAAAGAUCUAGGGCAGGGUGAAGUACAGCUUCAUGAAGAAGAAACUGAUGAUGAUGAGCUGAGAAGUGAGCAUGGUUCUGAUGAGGACAUAGAUGACAGUCCUUGGUUUAGGGAGGAUACAGAUUUCAAGAAACCUGUUGUGUUGGUGAAAAAUCAGAAGUUCACUAACAUUUUGGUGCUUAGGAAUGCACUAAGAACUCAUGCAAUUGAAAAUAGAUAUGAGUUCUAUUUUCUACACAACAACAAAGAGAAGUUAACCACUUUCUGCAGGAAGAGAUGUGGUUGUGAAUGGGAUUCAAAGAGGAGUAAGCUUCCUAUUUGUAAGUGCAGUGAGGAAGUGAGGAGGUGCAAGUAUAAGGUCAUUGCAAGGCCUUUGUUCAAGAGUAGUGCUUGGCAAAUCCAAGAACUGAAGUUGGAACACAAUUGUAUGAGGAGCAACAUGAAUGCCAAUGUUACAGCAGAGUACUUGGCUGAGAGAUAUGUGGAAGAGUGGAGAAACAACCCUAGUUGGAAGAUAAACAACUUUAGGGAUAGGGUUUUGAGUGACUUGGGCAUUAAGAUUGGGUACUACAAGGCAUGGUUAGCCAGGGGUAGGGCUAAAUUCAUGAUAUAUGGCUCUGCUUCUGAACAGUAUGCCAGAGUUUGGGAUUAUGGGAAGGCAGUGCAGAAAUAUAGCCCAGGGACUGUGGUGAAUGUGGUGGUUGAUGGAUUGGAUAGGCCAGAGCCACCACUAUUCUUGAGGAUGUAUGUGUGCCUUUCCCCACUGGUAAGGGGUUUCUUAAAAGGCUGUAGGCCUUUAAUAGGGGUGGAUGGAUGCCAUUUGAAGGGCUCCUACCCUGGUCAGAUUCUGGUGGCAGUGGGAAAGGAUGGGAACAACAGCAUCUACCCCUUUGCAUGGGCUACUGUAGAGGUGGAGAACAAAGAAACUUGGUGCUGGUUCUUGGAGUGUUUGAAGCAAAGUUUGGAUGACUUGGCAAUGGGAGGUGGCUUCACUUACAUGUCAGAUAGGCAGAAGGGCCUUCUUGAGGCAUUUGAGGAGGUGGUGCCCUUUGCUGAGAAGAGGUUUUGUGUGAGACACAUAUGGGCAAACUUCAAAUUACAGUUCACAGGGUCCACAUUCAAAGAGUUGUUUUGGAGUGCUGCUAGAGCUACAAUAUGGGUAUGCUCUGUUCUUUGUUUGUUUAUUAGUAUGGCAUUAGCUCAUUUUUUGUCGUAAAUCCAGAUUUGUCUGUUAUGUUCUUGCAGUAUGUUAGCUAAUAUAUGCCCUGUUCUAUUUGUAUGCUCAGUUUAUGUGUUAUUUGUUUGCUCAGUUUGUGAGGUCAUUAUGAAUGCUCAUUUUGUCAUUAAAGUAUGACUGGGCACUGUGUUUGCUCAGUUUGAAUGCUGAAUUUGUCAUUUUUUGUGGAAAAUCCAGAUGUGAUUAGUUUAUAAGCAUACUUAUAUGUAA